AUGGAUAUUGCAACACCCAACUUCUCAAAUGGGGGUAGCCCUCUUCACUACCGGGAGGGAGAAAUUUCUCACGUGGCCCUCUCAGACUGUGGUAUCUAUGUACGUUGGCUAUUUGACAACAAUGAUCGAGCAAAUGGUCUGGAUCUUGAAGUGGCCAUUGCCCACAUCUCGUAUUCCGAAAUGGCUGCUGCUUUCACAAAGGUGACAGGAAGGCCUGCACGUUACGUGGAUGUUCCAUUUGCAGAAUAUUUCAAGGCAUUCAGUGGGCGUGAGUCGUUCAUGAACGUGUUGAAAAAUCCACGUAUGGGGUUGAUGUCCAAAUUGCGAUUCGGGUUUGGCUUUUCAACUAAACAACCAUCUUCUUACAACGCCGACCCGGCAGAUCCUGCCACAUUGAGCUUUGAAACGAACUUCACAGGGUUCUGGAACCUAUGGAGAGCGAGCAAAGGUAACAAGGGGGUCAUGAGAAGAAACUACGAAUUGCUGGACGAAAUACAUCCAAAUCGAAUCAGAAGUGCUGAAGAGUGGUUUACAAAAGAGGCAGAGAAAGGCGACCUCUGGGAGCGGGUAAAUAAUAUGGCCCCAAUACUCAAGUGGAGUGAGGACGGUGCGCACGGUACACUUUGA